GUGCGGAGAUAACUUCAUGGGAGAGUACUGUGAGGAGGACAACCCUUGUAGAAACGACUUCUGCAUGAACGACGCCAAGUGUGAGGUUCGGAUCAACGACAACGGGGAAGCCAAGGCGGAGUGUAUUUGUCCAAUAGGUUUCAAAGGCAUCAUCUGUGACAUCAUCGAUGAGAGAAGCGCCUGCUACAGAAACCCGUGUCACAACGGCGGGAAAUGCGUCAUGGGUCAGUCGCUGAACCAGUUUACGUGUCGCUGCCUCAUUGGUUACAGAGGUGUGACCUGCGACCAGGAGGAUCACUGCGCUUCCAUGCCCUGCAGAAACGGCGGCACCUGCACCCCCAGCGUCAGUGGGUUCGAGUGUGCCUGUCUGGCCGGCUACAGGGGCGUCACAUGUAUGGAGGACGUGGACGAGUGCGUUGAGGAUCCGAGGAUAUGUAAGAAUGGAGGCACCUGCAGGAAUAAAUAUGGCAGUUACGAGUGUGUAUGUACACAAGAGUUCACUGGUCGCUACUGCACUGACAACUACAUCCCCUGCAGACCGUCUCCUUGCCAGAACGGCGGCACAUGCAGCAAGACUGGGCCCUACAGCUAUGAGUGCAACUGUCCCUCAG